GCCAACAAACAAUCAGUUUGUAUAAUACUUUCGUAAGAGACACAACUAUUUCUAAAUAAAAAAAACUGUUGAAAAAAAACCUCAUAAAAUUCAAAACAAAUUUCAUAUUUAUUUUGUACUUUCCGUAAACCAAAUUGGCAGUGAAAAAUUCGUGUUUCGAAUAUAGUUUUUCCCGAAGAUAGAUAGGUAAAUAUAAGUGAUAUACAAAUAAUAAAUAUUAAGCAGCCUUCUCAAAAACUGUGGACAGUGAUUAGAAAAUGGAAUCGAAAGCAAGUGUUCCCAAGGACUAUUUAUUCGGUGGCGCCAACCCCGUCGGCGGUAGCGAUAAUGUUUGUCACAAAAGGAGGGAAUCCAAGUGUGGCAAACCGAUGAAAAGUUGCUCCAAGCCGAGGGCCAGGUGCUCGAAGCCCAGGAGGAGUUGCGCCAAACCCAAGGCGAAGUGCGCCCGAGCCAAACCAGCUUGUCCCAGGCCCAGGAAAAGGAUGGAGUGCUCCAAGCCCAGGGCGAGAUGCGCCAAGCCUAAGCCAAGGUGCCCCAUGCCAAAGUGUUCCAAGCCAAAGCCAUCGAGUCCGAAGCAAACGUGUCCUAUGUAAUCGUAGGACCCCUAAAACCUAUAUAUUUCGGGCACAUUUUUAGGACCAGAGAUCAGACCAAAAAUGUAUCAAAAAUG